AAGAUUCCUAUUCGUUCAUAUGACAAUAUGACGAAUCACUCCGCAUUCUGUACAUGCACAUGCACAUUCUCCAUUUUUUGUUUAGCCUUUCAGUUUGUUUAUGAUCCGGAGGGAGGGUGGAGGGGGGAAACUCAGAAAAAUGAAGGGAGAGAUGAGCAACUUUGUGAUGGUCUGGGUUUUAGUUUACGCAUCUUUAAUCUACUGUUACUCCAUUGCUAAGAUUCUCCCCAAAGGGAUCACCAGAUUCCUGGCUAUCAUCCCAAUCGUCUUUGUCUUCCUCAUCCUCCCUCUCAAUCUCCAUACCAUGCAUCUGGGGGGCACUUCCGCUUUCUUCAUUGCCUGGCUCUCCAAUUUCAAGCUUCUCCUCUUUGCCUUCGGUAAAGGUCCUUUAUCCGCCGACCCAUCAAUCUCCCUCCUGCGUUUCAUCGCCGUCGCUUGUCUCCCCAUUAAGAUCCAGCAAAAACCAUCUCCUAAAACCUCCCGAAAACCCCAGAAAUCGACUCUGAAUUAUGCCGUCAAGGCCCUGCUCCUGGCUCUGGUGGUUCGGUCGCUUGACUACAAUAAGUAUAUGCAUCCGAAGGUGAUACUCUGUGUGUAUUCUCUCAUAAUUUACUUCACCUUAGAACUCAUCCUCGCCGUCGCCGGAUUCUUGCCGCGACUGCUUCUCGGUGUUGAGCUGGAGGCGCAGUUCGACGAACCCUACCUCUCCACCUCUCUGCAAGACUUCUGGGGAAGACGAUGGAACAUCAUGGUGUCCAAUAUCCUGCGCCCCACCGUAUACGAGCCGACCCUCUGGGCCUCCUCGCGGAUCCUGGGCCGGAAGUGGGCCCCACUGCCGGCCAUUCUCGGGACUUUCGUGGUCUCGGCCCUGAUGCACGAGCUCAUGUUCUACUAUUUGGCCCGCGUGAGGCCCACUUGGGAGAUCACGUGGUUCUUCCUCCUCCACGGCCUUUGCCUGGCGGUGGAGGUUCUCCUCAAGAAGGCCCUCCCCGACACGUGCCGGUUGCCGCGAUUCAUAUCCGGGCCGUUGGCUGUUGUGUUCGUGAUGGGCACCGGCUUCUGGCUGUUCUUUCCCCAACUCCUCCGAUGCAAAGCGGACGUCAGGGCGUUUGAUGAGUACGCGGCUGUCGGCGCGUUUUUCAAGAGCGUCGGCACGGCUUUCACCUCCAAACCCUACAACGAAACCGUACGUUAGAAUAGCGCCACCUUGUACGAAAUACUGUGAUGGCUUACGAUCGAACAACGUUGUAGUUGUACUCUACGGUUGUGAUUAAGGAGCUUUAUAAAAUAUGCUGUUAUUCUAGCAA